CAAACGCAAACAUGGUUGGAAAAAAUGCAAGUACGUGAAGAUAAAGUCAUCAAGUCAACUAUGCACCCAAAAUUUCCAAGUCUUUCUAUUGCUUUCCUUUUAUCUUCCAAAGAUGUGAUGUUACUCUUAGUUUCUUCUAUAUUUUCUUGGCAUCAAUGGAUUCAGUUCCCUCAUGAUUCAUUCUCCCUAGGCCUUAAUCCCACCAGAAAUGACGAGUUUCAAACUUUUCUCCUCGUCGCCUUUUCUUUGUGCUCUAGGCUUUCUAAUACUAGUUCUUGUCAAUAUUCAGUUAUCUUUAAGCAAUCCUGGUUCAUUUGAAGAUUGUAGACUUCAAUUCACGUGCGGGAACAUCACAGCUGGUUAUCCUUUCUGGGGAGUCGAAGGCACACAAUACGGUCGCCCAGAGUUAUGUGGCCACAUGGGUCUGGAGCUUUAUUGUAAGGAGGAUACGACAUUCAUUAUGAUCAAUCAUGUAGAAUAUUGUGUUUUGAAUAUCUCUGAGUCAGCGAAAGUUCUAAACAUUGCGAGACAGGACUACUUGAGCGGCAUCUGUCCAUAUGAUGGAUUGGUUAACACCACCUUUGAGUCGACACUUUUUGAAUAUUCUCCUCGGUAUGAGAAAUUCACAUUACGUUAUGGUGUCCCUCGCGGUCAAAUAUUUUGCUCCAUAGAGGAGAUGGAGAAGAACUUCAAUUAUACGGAUGGUUUAAUAUCGACACUCGGAUCUGGUUUUAUGAAUUUUAGUGUCACUGUUCCGGUUCUUAAAACUUUCCUUGAAGAAGCAAAUCGAAGUCUAUCAGUUGUGGAAGAAGCCCUGAAACAAGGAUUUGAAGUGAAGUGGAAGGUGAAUGGCAUGGAAAACUGUUCUAAGUGCAUUCAAUCCCAUGGAAGUUGUGGUCCUGGACCUCCUGGUCUCUGGAAUCAACCAAUUUGCUAUUGCCCACCUCAAUCUUUCCUCCUUCAAGAUCAACGAGUAUGUUCAACCUUGCCUCCACCAAAAGGUCCUCCAGAUACAUCAGAUGAAAGGAAAAAGAAAACAACUCCUCCUAAAGCAGUCAUUGGCGUAGCAGUUGCAACAUGUGUGGUGGGACUGGGGAUAGUUCUGAUCCUCUCCAUUCUUCUUAUUGUUGGUAGAGGACGAUUUUGGAAGAAGAAAACAGAGAAUAAUAAAACCGUAGAGGGCUUUAUCAAAAAUUACGGAUCUCUGGCUCCACGUAGAUAUAGUUAUUAUGAUGUUAAAAAGAUGACAACAUCAUUCAGGGAUAAACUUGGUCAAGGAGGCUUCGGUGAUGUCUACAAAGGAAUUUUAUCAGAUGGUCGUCUUGUUGCAGUGAAGGUAUUAAAGGAAUCCAAAGGUAAUGGGGAGGAAUUUAUCAACGAGGUCGUUAGCAUGAGUAGAACAUCUCAUGUUAAUAUAGUCGCUUCUUUAGGUUUUUGUUUUGAGAAGAAGAAAAGAGCUCUUAUCUAUGAAUUUAUGUCUAAUGGAUCUCUAGAAAAGUUCAUAUAUGAUAAUGAACCUUCAAGUGUUACCCGCAAGUUGGAAUGGGAAACAGUGUCUCAUAUUGUAGUUGGAAUUGCCAGAGGAUUAGAGUAUUUACACCGACGGUGUAAUAUAAGGAUUGUGCAUUUUGAUAUAAAACCACACAAUAUUCUUUUAGAUGAAGACUUUUGUCCAAAGAUAUCUGAUUUCGGACUUGCUAAGCAAUCCAACACAAAAGAGAGUAUCAUACCAAUGUCAGGUGCCAGAGGAACUGCAGGGUAUAUUGCACCAGAAGUAUUUUGUCGAAAUUUCGGAGGAGUCUCUCAUAAGUCUGAUGUCUAUAGUUAUGGAAUGAUGGUUCUCGAAAUGAUUGGAAGGAGAAAAAACAUUGAUGUUAGAGUGUCUCAUAUGAGUCAAAUAUAUUUUCCACAUUGGAUACACAAGUAUGUUGAAUCAGGAAAUGAUCUCAAACUUCAUGGGGUUUCCACUGAAGAAGAAAAAGAUAUUGUGAAAAAGAUGAUAUUAGCGGGCUUGUGGUGCAUUCAAACCAUUCCAUCUGAUAGACCAUCGAUGACCAAAGUUGUAGAAAUGUUGGAAGGUAGCCUAGAAAACUUGGAGGUUCCACCAAAACCUUAUUUGUCUUCUCCAACAAGAUCACCACAACAUUCUUCUCCUACAUCAUCAACAUGAUUAAUGCAUCACACAAAAAAACUCCUGUUUAUUUGAGUAGUAACAAAGUGAAACAUAAAUCAUGAUAUGGUAUUAUCCUUUACUUGAUAUACCAUUUAUUUUUAUUUAAUGAGUAACAUAAAUAUUUUCACUCUUCCAAAAAUUUUGUAUCAUAUAUUUUGUAUAUAUUUUUUUUUUUCCUAAUGAUCGGUGGUGUCUGGAUCAGCUUAUGCGUAUCUCAACUAAUCCCCUAGGACUGUAGAACUACCGACCAAGUAAGAAUUCCAAUGGCCACUCCUAUUAGCAACUGUGAGGACUCGAAUUCAUAAGAUUAUAUUUGA